AUGGCUGGCUCUGCCGAUUCUGGAAAAGUUUACCGUAUCAAGAAAAAAGAGGAGUUGCUUGAAUACCAUCUACUGAACUCCUAGGUAAUCGCGGAUGCAUGCUGAUGUUUAGCGUUUAGACUAUUAAUUUAAUUAAGCUAGCCCGUUUUCCGCUUCAAUCAGCAUGAGCUCCACCUUUGAGUUUACUAUAUGGGUAAAUUGUUAAACACGUCCGAAAUUAUCGACACGAUAAAUUCGCAACACAUGUUGAACCCUAACCCUGUUGACCUUCAUGCUUUUUUCUUCAACUUUUCUAUUCGUUUUUUUAUACUUCCUGUGUGCAUGCUCUUUUCGUUACUUUAUCACCGAGCCGACGGCGCGAAGCGCCGUGCGAGGGUACUAAUUCCCCCCGGCUAUUUACACCCGGCUAUUUACACCUAUUUACACCCGUCUUCUUAGCGAAGAAUCUGAUGGUUGUGUCCUACCAUUAUCCGAGGAAGUACUUCGAAAUCUGCAGGAGAAGCAUCCAGCCCCUGCAGAUAUACAACCAAGUAGCUUACUCCAUGGUCCCAUUAUUGACCUUCGCAAUAUAUCUACAGCAGUUGAUGAGCAAACUAUACUAACUGCUGCGAAAACACUAAAGGGAGCUGCUGGUCCCUCUGGCCUCGACGCUAAUCAGUAUAUUCGUAUGCUUUGCUCAAAGCAAUUUCACCGUGAAGGUAAAUGCCUGCGUGAACAAAUUGCUUUGUUUGCUGUGAAAAUAGCAACAGAAAGUCUGGAUCCCUUCUGCCUGGAAGCAUAUGUUGCCAAUAGACUUAUCCCCUUAGACAAGUCCCCUGGUAUACGACCCAUCGGUAUUGGUGAGAUUAUGAGGCGCUUGGUUGGGAAAGCGCUAACAAAGGAAUUCAAGCAAGAUUUCAAAGAAGCGACUGGUCCGAUUCAAGUCUGUGCUGGGCAUGAAGCUGGAGCAGAAGCAGCCAUCCAUGCUAUGCAGCAAGUAUGGGAAGAGGAAAACACGGAAGGGAUCUUACUGAUUGAUGCAAGUAAUGCAUUUAAUUCACUAAAUCGUCAAGUUGCUCUUCAUAACAUUUUGUUAUUAUGCCCAAGACCAGCGAUAUCCAUAAUUAAUACGUAUCGAAACCCCGCGAGGCUAUUUAUUGUGGGCGGAGGUGAGCUUCGAUCGCAAGAAGACACAACACAGGGGGACCCUAGCCAUGCCUUUCUAUGCCAUUUCGGUCAUGGUAUUAAUUUCAUUUCUUCAUGAUGCAUAUGAUAUGGUGAAACAGGUUUGGUUUGCCGAUGACUCGACCGCAGCAGGUAAACUACGUGCUUUACUGGCGUUUUUUGAAAUGCUAAUAAGCGAAGGCGUAAAGUAUGGCUACCAUGUCAACAGUGGGAAAUCUUGGUUAGUAAUUAAAGAUCCGUGUGAUAUAGAGAGAGCCACUGAAUUAUUUAAAAGUCACGACAUCAAGAUUACAUCCGAUGGUCAUAGAUUACUGGGAGCUGUCAUUGGAUCUACUUGUUUCAGAGAGGAAUAUGUUAAUAGCAAAGUCUCUACUUGGUGUACUGAGCUCGAAAAUCUAUGCUCUAUAGCGAAGUCGCAGCCACAUGCCGCAUACGCUGCUUUUGUGCAUGGUUAUAAGCACAAGUUUACUUUUUACAUCAGGACUAUUCCAAACGUGGCCCAUUUGUUCCAACCUGUAGAAGAAAUUAUUUGUUCGAAAUUUCUACCAACUAUAUUUGGCCAGGAUAUUUCUCAACUUGAUCGGGAAACUUAUGCUCUACCCAUACGUAAUGGAGGACUGGGAAUACCACGUAUCCCAGAAGAUGCUGAUUUCGAGCGAAAUACGUCAAAACUGUUAUGUGCUCCACUAUCUGCUUUGAUCAUCAUUCAAGCAUGUAAUCAACUUCCACAAGACGACGCAAUAACCAACGUAAAGUCCCAAGUUCGAACUCUUCGGGUGGAAAGAGAAACUACCUCCUCAUUAUCGGUUGAUAUUCAACUUUCCCAAGAGCAGCAUCGAACAAUCUCUUUAGCCCGAGAUAAAGGUGCCUCUGGAUGGUUAAAUGUCUUACCACUGCAAGAAGGCUCCUGUCUGAAUAAAGAAGAAUUCAGAGACGCUUUGGCGCUGAGAUAUAACAAAUAUAUCCCAGAUCUCCCAAGCAUAUGUCCCUGUGGAAAACCUUUCGAUCCUUACCACGCGAUGGAGUGUAAAAAAGGUGGCUUUAUACACGCGCGCCACGACCAAAUGAGAAAUCUGGAAGCUGCUCUCCUCUCUGAAGUCUGCAAUGAUGUUUCUAUCGAGCCACCUUUAGAACCGGUGACAGGAGAAGAAUUUGCCUUGAGAUCAACAAACACAGAAGAUGAAUCACGACUUGAUGUGAAAGCUAGGGGUUUCUAUAGACAUGGCCAAAGUGCAUUUUUUGACAUAAGAGUAGCACAUCUUAACGCAGCGUCCUAUAAGUUACUACCAACCCACAAGAUCCUCUCAUGUCAUGAGAAUGAGAAGAAAAGAGAAUAUAAUCGAAGAGUAAUUGAAAUUGAGCAAGCAGUUUUUACACCAUUGGUCUUUGGCACAAAUGGUGCGAUGGGUAAAGAAUGUGCGAGAUUUCACAAGAUUCUUGCUACAAAGCUGGCAGCCAAAUUUGGCAAACCUUACUCAAUAACUAUGUCUUGGCUACGUACGAAACUCUCUUUUUGUCUGCUGAGAUCUUCCCUUCUAUGUUUGAGGGGCACUAGAGUUCCUUUUUAUAUGAAUAAUACUAGUUUGUUUGACACUUUGUACUAACUUGAACCUUUUUAAACGAAUUGCUUUAAUGGAUUUUAUAUAUUUUUAAUGUAUCUAGCUAUGCUCAUUCUAUGAAUAAAUCUUUUCAGUACAUCUACACCCGGGGAAACGAAAGCAUUAGCGAAGUCUAAAGUUCAUCAAUGACCGCGGGCGCUCACCAACGAUGUUGGAGUGUUGGGUGGGUGGUCAUCACUGAUCUCAAAAUAUGGCUGUCUGCCAGGAGUGAAGAAGGCAAAAAUAUUAAAAAAUACAUGUAAGGAAGCUCGGAAAAUCGUUUCACAUAACAAAUUGUACAAUUUUUUUUCAAUUUUUAAACGUAAACAUUGAUAAGAAUUGAUAUUGUAUGAUAAAUCCUAAAGUAUAGGGCAAAUUUGUUUCAAUUGUUUAUGUAUGACUUUGUAUUCAAUAAUAUAGGCUUUGUUCUUCAUGUUCAAGUCUUUCCUAUGCAUUGUUUGCGAAAGUUUCUUACUUAAAUUAACUUUCGUAGAAGUUCAUGAUAAAAAGCUAAAGCAAAUUAUUUUCAUUAGCGUCCUGUACGAAUUAAAUUUGUUUCAUUUCAAAGUGCGAGUAAUAAGUUGAAGCUCGAGUUGAGGAGUUUAUAAAUAUCGGCAAAAAGCGGUUAAUUUCAAUCACAUUUAAAAACGUUUACGUAGAGUUUCGUUUUGAAUUUUACAUAAAAAUAAAGCCCAUAGAAGCCAAAAUAUUAUACCUACUUUAUAUAUUUUAGAAAUUGACGGAGUACGGUUGAAAGCUUGUUUUCGCAUUGAUUUAACUGAGGCAGACAAAAUUUACAUAUACCCAGAGCAUACUUUUCACUGGCGUAGCGACCUUGGCCACAGCGUACAAAUCACAUUCUUGUGUUGUAAAACAGAAUCAAGAACAUAGCUAGCACCGAAACUGAUUACGCAACGUUGCAGAAUAUUAUUUUUAAAAUUAAAGAAAUGAUGAAAAUUAAAAGAUGAAACUUAUCGAACACAAAGGCAUGCACAUAAAACAUAUUUGGGAUGAAUUUGGUAUGACAAGCACUUCGUAUUUGCAUACAUAUAAUAAAAACUAUUUCAAACGUAGUCGGUAGUUCGUAUUCAAGAUCUUAAACUCCCUACUGUACCAUGCCUGACGACAGUGAUGAGGAUCUUUAAAUUCGAAAUUCUUAGAUUCGGAAUAUCAGUUGGCUUCGAAAACUAUACUAGAACACGAUAUUCUUUCUAGUUUCAAAUUACAGAAAUUUUAACUAGAAUCAAUUAAGUACUGCCAAAACCUAAUGUUGAUUAGAAUGGACGUUAAAUUCCUUUCCCGCACCCAAACUUCUUGUACUGUACCACCCCCCUCUCCCCUUGCUUUCAUACACAACACUAUUUUCUUUCCGAAAAGGCCCCAACUGAUUAAGAAUUUAAAUGCCUAAUUCUACGACGAGCGAAAUGCGAAAAAUUUCGCGCGAAAAGACACUUGCGCAAAAAUAUUCUCUCGUCAAUGAUUUCCACAGUAUAGAUAUAACGCCAAAACAUGUACAAGCAUUUUGAUUGGCUUUUCUAUUUUGUCAUCGAUCCAAAACACAAGCAUUCGAUUGGCUGCCCUAUGUCCGCUCCAUUUCACGACGAAAAAAGUGAUCUUCCAAUAGGCCGUGUGCUAACUACUAUAAAUAUAAAAAAAAAUUAUAACUUAACAUAUCAAUCUACAUUGUUUUACCCCACUCUUAAAAGUUGCUAUACUUCCGAACGACUUCAGGUCAAUUGGGAGAGCAUUCCAAGUCUCCGCAGCUCUGUAGGCCAAUGAUUUUUUCAUAGCAUUAGUAUUUGGCAUUGGUAAUGUAUAAUUAAAUUCACUAUGCUUAGUGUUAUGAUUAUGGACUUCUUGUGUAUUGAUGAAAAUAUCCUGCAGGUAGUUUGGAAGCAUUUUAUGUUUAAUCUUAUACAUUAAUGUAGCAUGUUGUUGUUCCCUUCUUGUUUGCAGAUCUGAAAAUCCUGCCUUGAUUAGAAUAUCCAUUAUAAUUCGCCCCCGGUGUGAGUGUGUAAUUGAGCCUGCUUUUCAACUAAUCAGCAACAUAGUACGACGCAUGCGCACUUUGACGGCUCCGAAAUUCGGCAGACUUCGGUAUACUGUCGGGAAAAUAAUCGGAAUGCAACGGGUAUCUCCCAGUUUGUUUGUCUCUUGGAUGAACAUGUUGUGUUCGCUUGUAUUGAGAAAUUUUGUGUCAGUUCUAUCAUGGCCAGAAAUCACGGACAGGAUUAUUCUACUUCCUUACUAACUUUGCAAAUCAUUAAUACAUAACCCGUUGAAAUAUGGCUUCGAUAGUAAACAGUAAAUUAUGUUACGAGAUGCUUUACAUCGCAAAAUCAAAGAAUAUUGGUAGUCGUUUGCAAUUUGCCUCGACGGCUGGCCGCAGAACACGGUCUGUUGAAAUAUAUCGUGUAGUGUUUGCCUGGUGUAAGUUACUGCCUAUUCUGCAUUUUCGUUUGUUUCUAGUGCAUGGCUAUACUUAUAGUGCGGUAUUAUUAUAUAGAGUUAAAUAGAUAAAUUCCGUACAAACUAUAGCUUGUGUACAAAUACUGGAAAUGGAAAAUGCUCACUAAUUAAAAUCAAGUCAACAUUACGCUAAAUACUUCGACCGACUUUGAUUUACAGCCAGCGACUGAGGCAAGUUGCAAACGACCUACCAUAUUCUCUGCUUUUGGGAUUUACAGCAUCGCGUAAUAUAAUUUACUGUUUACUGCAGAAGCCAUAUUACGAAGGACGUAUAAUAAAUCAUGUCCGUGAUUUCUGGCCAUGAUAUAUUUAAAUGGAAUUUUCUGAUCGAAUUUUUAGAAUCGAGCGAAACCUGUCGAUUUAAUAAUUACUGAAUAGCUAAAAUAUUUAACAUCACGAUGGCAUCGAUCAGUAGCGACAUAAAACCUUUAUUAACUGUGAUAAAACAAAGUUAAAUACAUUCAAAAAUGCUUUCCCGGCUUAUUAUAGAAACAAUAUAACUUGCAUAUCUUAUAUUGCUGCCUCAUUCGGUGGUAGCCUAAUAUAGACGUAAAAUAGCACUGGAAAUGACGUUAAACUUUAUCUUCCGAGUACAAAAAUCAACGAACUAAACACGGAUUUCCGAAGUUUGAAAUUUGCUUCGGAGUGCAAUCGGAAUAAAUUAGAGCAAAGGUAACGUAACGACCUAUGGGAUAUAUACCCCUGGUGCAAAGGGUAAAAUUCCCGGCUUGCAGUAGGCGCAGCAUUACACAUUCAGACCGGGCUAGUUUUGUUAUGUUUUGAUCGCGUUUCAUAUCCUUCACGGGUAAUAAUACGAAAUUAAACGCUCUAUUUUGGAGACGCUGAAGUUUAUCUGAUAAAACCUUUCCUAGGCAACCCCAAAUUUGUGAGCAACAAUCAAAGUGUGGUUGGAUUAUUGAUUUAUAAACAGUUAUUAAAGUAUUAUAAUCAGCAAUAUCCCGCAGCCUUCUAAUAAGGCUGAGUCCUGAGUUAACUUUUUUUGUAAUUUUUUCAACUUGGGCCGACCAGCAUAAAGUAUCAUCAAUCAUUAGACCAAGCGACUUGGUCGCAUUAACCUUUUUAAUCUCUGUACCUCUCACACAAAUUGAGGGUUCUUGGACUAUUUGGCCAAGUCGCUUAUUAUUGCUACCUAUAACCACGAACUCUGUAUUUUUAUUGUUCAAAGUUAAUUUAUUAGCUGACAUCCAAGUCGAAACAUUUAAAUCUGUGUUAAGAUUCUCUAAGAUCACAUUGACAUCGCUAUUAGAUGUUGCAAUUUGGGUGUCAUCGGCGAACAUAUCUGGUCUAGUGUGUCUUAAAUAUUUUGGCAAAUCAAUAAUAUAGAGUCCGAAUUUCGAAUUUAUCAAUAUAUAUAAUAAAUUUGCAACACAAUUUGAAAUUAUCAAUACAAAAAGAGUUUGGAUUAGUGUCAAAUAAAGAUUAGAUUAGGGUUCGAUUAAGAUUAGGCCAGGGUUAGAGGUUAGAGGUUUGGGUUAUGUUUAGGGUAGUUAUGGUUAGGGGAUAGGGUUAGGGCUCAACAUGUGUUGCGAAUUUAUUGUAUUGAUAAAUUCGGACGUGUUUAAGAAUUUACUGAUAGUAAAUUUAAAGGUGGCAUGGAGCUCAUACCGAAGAUUUCUCAGAGAAACUCUCCAAAAUCAGGUCGCGCAUGAGUUCAAUCUUUUCAUUCGAAAUUUUUCACAUUUUCACAUUUCUCAUUUCGAGCAAAAAAUUGCUACAACUGGCAACAAUAUCUGACUUCAACGCAUGUUUUAACUUAAGUAGAAAUGUCGACACAUGUUGCCUUGUGAUUUGUAAUUUAUGUUUAAACAUUUUCAAUUAACAUGCGUUGAAAUCAGAUUUUGCUUGCAAGUUUUGUUUGUUGCUCGUGCUCCAGCUUUAAAGUGCCCCUAAUGCUUCAAACGUUUUUUCGCGAUAUCAAAUCUUGGCAUGAUUUCUAGCAUUUUGCCGAAAACAAAAAUGAAUUUCGUCAAAUCCUCCAAUUUUUAUGGCAGUUUAAAGUUGGUAAAAAGGCACUUUUUGUGGACCACUUCCGUGGCCACAAGGAGUCUGAAACGAGUGAAUUUUGUGACGUCAUCCGAGGUACUCGUGAAAACCACAUGCAAAUUCACUGUAGAUCAUAUACAUAUAUUGCGUUUGUUUGCUUUGGUAAAAAAGAUGGUCAAUAGUUGUGUAGCGGCCAAUUGCACGAAUAAAGCUUGCCUAAGUUCAGGUAUAAGUCUUCACACUAUUCCUUAUUACAACGAUGAUCGACCUGAAGCAAAGAGAAGACGGAAAAUCUGGGUUGACUUCGUGAAGGCAAAACGGGUCUUCGAGCCUUCGAAGGCUUCGACUUUAUGCUCAAUUCACUUUCUGCCUGAAGAUUACGAGCGAAGAUUCUCCAGUUUGCCUAAUCAAACGAAGCCAAAUCAUCCGAGGUUAAAGAGAGAUGAUCUUGGCAUUUGCGUAUACCCAAGUAUUCAUGCUGUAGCGACGAAACAUGCAAGCGAACCAGAUACGCAAAGUCCUAGGGAUAGACGCAUGGUGAGUUUAUUGAAUUUUUUGCACGAUUUUUUUCAAUUUUUCUGAGUUGUUUCCAACGUAUAUUGUAUAGCAUUUAAUUAUGUAAUUAUAUAUAGGAUAUAUAUUAUAUAUAUUAUAUAUAUGUUAUAGUCCAUUGUAUCUUUCAUAUAGUUCAUAAAAGCUAUCACAGAAGAAAGCACAUGCCAUGGGGAAGUCGAAGGUUCGAAGAUGGACGUCGUCACCAAGCGCACACCAAAGUCGACUGCACAGCGCAAGAAAAGGAAGCAAGAGUUAGGGCCCCAAGAGCUGGAGAUGCUUGGAGAAAGUCACCCUGACGAGCCAGUAAAUGUAAGGUCACCAGUCACUUACUAUUAUAAAUGCAAAUGCCAGGUUUAUAAUUAUACUAUAAAUUAUACUCAGCCUAUGGAAGCGUUUUAAUGUAAAUACACGCAGAUGCGCCCUACUUUGUUGUUUUACUCAGUCUAAUGCCAGACUAUUUUACUCAUCAGGGAGAGCAUGCUGCCACUCAAUGGAUUAAUUAGACUAUCUGCCCAUGCAACUUUGUUAUUACAUCUACCUAAUGCACUUAUCAAUGUUAAGCCGCAGAGGGGGGGGGGGUCGGGCAUAGGUGGGGCAUUUGAUUUUUUGAGCAAAUUUUCAAUCAAAUGCCCCACCGUCAGGCAAUAAAUAUUGGUCAAAUACCCCACCAUUUUGCAAUAAAUUGCAAUAAAUACUAUAUUAAUAAAAGUCAUUUGGUUCAAAUUGCCCCAACUUGGGACCAAAAUGCUAAUCAAAAUCCCCAGGGUGGUGAUGCAAUUGAUGAUCAAAUACCCCACAUAUGCCCAACCCCUCUGGGGAUUAACAUUGAUAGGUGCAUGACGUCAGACGAUUUUAAUACUUGUCGGGGGAGAGUGCUGCCACCCAAUGGGUUAUUAAAAAUAUUGUUUUAUUACUUUAUACUCAUAGAUCCUCACCACUGAUACCGAUACACAGAUGCCAAACUUGAAUGCUGAUUUGGAAACAAUCUUUGAAAAAAACCGAAGACUGAAGAACCAAAUCAUUACCCUGCAAACAAUUGCACAAGAGAAGAAAAUUAAAAUGAAACAAAUGAAACGCAAAGGUAUUAAGCCCAUAUAUAAUACUGUAUAAUAUGGUGCAAUUUAAUCUACUGUAGGUUUAAUAUCAUACAAUGCAAUCGAAAAGGCUAUUACCUGUAUAUGAAGCAGCAUUCUAUUUUAAUACAUAUCUAGUAAACAAGCUUGAACGAUUAUUGGAACAAAAAUCAGUGUCUGAAAAAAAGAGUGAAAAGGAAGAAACUGAGAUGGAAGAAGUAACAGAGAGCGAAACUGAUGAUGAAGAAGCCAUGGAAGAUGAGAGUGAAACCAAAGACCCGGCUUACGAGGUGGAAGAAGCUGAGGUGGAUAGUGAGGCUGAAGAAGAAGAAAUAGAAGAAGAAAGUUCGGGGUAAGUAUUUUAUACUAUUGUGAUAAAAAUAUAGAUUUUACACAACAUUUACCACACUGAUUAGUACCAUUGUUUUAGCCACUCAAAGGAAAUUUGUUAUUCGUUUCUUUGCACCAUCAUGGCAGAAUAUAUAUACCAAAGUCAUGAUCUCAUGAUUUAGUACUUUUUUUACUUGUGAUAGGUUAUUGCAAGUCGACGGCAAUCUGCGAACAGAACCAAAACACAUUGUGUUUUUGUCACAGCUUCUGUUGCUUUUCAACUUUUGCCAUUGUUGCAAGACUGACAAUCCAUUAGUUGAGGCAAAAGGUGUUGGAACUGAAGCAGUUGUCACCACUACAUGCAACAACCCAAAGUGCCCACAGAAGACUACAAUUUGGCAUAGCCAACCUAGAAUGCCUGGACGUAAAACACCUGCUGGUAAUUUCCUUUUGUGUAUGGCAGUUUUACUCGGUGGUGGCUCUUACACUAAAUUACGGCAAAUAUUUCUGCACAUGGGUCUUGGAUGUAUUUCACAUAAUACAUACUUCCAUUAUCAGAGAGUAAGUACAGUAUAUGCUAAACAGACUUAUUUAUUUAUCUAAUACAUUAUGGUUGCACUUUUCACUCAACCCUUUUCAGUGAACAGUUUGACAGUAUUGGAAAAUUGCUUGAAAUUUGCCCUCAUCAUGAGAGUCUUGGUUUAAAAUAUAUCUGAAGUAAUGUAAAUUAUGUUUUAGACUGUGUUAUUUCCAACCAUCUAUCUACACUGGAAGAAGUACCAGGCAAUGUUGAUGGAGAAGGCUAAGCAAGUGAAAGAUGGUGUAGUGAUAGCAAGGGAUGGUCCCCAUGACAGCAUGGGACAUUCGGCCAAGUUUUGUGCAUAUACAAUUUUUUGUUGUACGUUUGCACAAAUCAUACAUUUCAAUCUUGUACAGGUAGGAAUUAUUUUGCAGGCUGCUUAUUAGAAUCUGCAUCAUGCAAUCGGAAAAUGAUGAUAUAUAAAGUUCUUACACUCACCAGUGAAUUGAUCAAUGUACUUAUUGCAGCUCUGUUUUUCACUUUUUCUCCAUUGUAGAGAAAUCAGGCAGGAAGUAGUCCAGCGAUGGAGUUCAUGUCUUUCAAGUUAUGCAUGGAUUACAUGAUUGCAUAUGGCCUUACCAUAACAACAUUUAUAUCAGACAGGCACACUUCCAUUGCAAAACACAUGCGGACAGUCCUGAAGAACAUUGUCCAUUAUUUUGACAUCUGGCACUUGAAGAAAAGUAAGAGCAAUUCCUACCUACAACAUACAAUUUGCUCUGUAGUACAUAGUACUGUAUUAAAUGCACAUGUUUAUUAUUUGUGGGCUCUCAUUACAAGAGGCCUGGACAUUAGCUUUGUUCACUUUUUAUUUCUUGACUUUAUCACCAUAGAUAGGACUUAUUGUAGCUCAUCCAUUUCAUUAAUUAAGUUCUCACGCUGUCGUGCCCUCACAAACUACCAAAAUAAUGAGAAAAUGCACACAGCAUUACAACAAUAAUAACAAGUGAGCAAAGCUAGUGUCCAGGCCUCUUAUAUGAGAGAAUAAUCAGAGCCCACUGAACUAUAAACAUUACUGAAUAACUAAUGAUGUAAUAUAUUAUGCAAUAUGCACUAUAUAUUAUUAUUGUUUAUAUUAAAACUCACACAGGAUAUCACCAUAUGUCUAGCAAAGUGACCUCAUAUGCCCCAGAAAGUAUUGUGAGAGGGGGAUCUGUUUACAAAUAAGUGCUUCUGACCAAUUCUUAUUUUCCUGCAUUUUGUAUUCAUUUUUUCUCACAGAAAUUAGGAAGGUGCUUUCAAAAAUAGCCAAAGAGAAAGACUGUGAGGCAGUAAACGAGUGGAUCAAACCGUGUGAAAACCACCUGCACUGGAGUGCCACCUCGACAUUCAGUGGAAAUGGGCUGGUCAUAUGGGCUAAGUUCAAGUCCUUUUUGAGGCACAUUGUGAACAUCCAUUCAGGUCACAGUGAUCCCCUGUUUGAUAAGUGUGCCCAUGGCAGUGACAUUGAAGCUAGAAAGUGGCUGACCAUUGGUAUGUUAUUGAAGUAUGUGCAUGGCCAAAAGUUCUUGCAUUCGUUGUAUAUUUAUUGUCAUGCAGGUAAAAUGUAACCAGUUCCCCAUUCAGUUGGAGUUGUGGUUGGAAGGCCCAUCAGACCUACCUAAACUCUAUUAUCCAGGAUCACUCUAGUACAGUACAUGCAUGAAUAGAUAACUGAUGCAGUUCAUGUUUUUUUCUAUAGAUUCACCACUUCAUAAGAAAGUUUGUACUGCACUGACAAACACCCGACUGAUGAAAGGGAUCAAGAAAGCGUCUCCGUUAGCACAGACAAGCUGCUUAGAGGGCUUCCACAGCGUGUUAAAUCACUUUGCCCCAAAGAUGAUUGCAUACUGUUAUGUUGGACAAUAUUGCAGGUUAGAAACUUAACUAAAGUCAUAUUUAUACUCUAUUAAAACUUAUUCUAUAAUUCUCUAUUUCAUCAGUAAAGCUAAUUACAGGAUAGCAAAUUACAGGAAGACAAUAAAGUAAUUGUCCUAUAAUUGUGGUUUUGUAGGCAUAUUCUAGCUGUCAUUCAUUUUAAUUUCAACCUCCAAAGAGAAAUGAAAAGAAACGAUUCAGACGGUUCUGAAAGAGUGAAGAUCAGCUAUCCAAAAUUUAAGAAUGGUGAGGCAACAGUUCGGAAUGUUAGAGUUGCACAGAACUUCGGUAAGUUUUUGUUUAUGUGCACAUAGUAAUCGUGUCCCUUUCAUUUAUUUAUUACAUCACACCUCUUCUUUCAGCAUAUAUACAAGAAAUAUAUGAGACAUUCGAAUUGAGUAGCAAAGCUGACCUGAAAGAUGCAGCUGUAAAGCUGAAAGAAAUGUGCCCACCCCCAAUGAACACAAUGCUCUCCAAGCAAACAAAGAGAGAAGCAUUGAAAAAGAGAUCUGACAGGAGUCAAAUUGUCAUCCAAGAUGUUCCACCCACUACUUCAGGUAAUAAUCAUUUCCAAAUUUGAUCUCUGAACACUUUUCAAUCAAUCAUAUUCUCAUUGGUCAUUGUUUUGCCAUGAUUGCCUACUAACUCUUCUGACAAAGAAACUUUGCCCAAAACCUUGAGAACACAUCUGUUUGUUAUUUUACUCUAAUGCCAGACAGGGCUGCCGAGAGCUUGAUGGGGGGCCCAGGACAAUUUUUUUUAGGGGCCCCUAUUUCAACAUUUUUCCGGAAAAAAAAUACAACCUCCCCUCCAACUUUUUAGGGAAAAACAGCGACUUUACCUCAAUCUAUAAUACCAAAUUUCGGUACUUUGGCCAAAAAACAAAUAUUUUGUCCUUUGUACGGAAAUAUUUUGCCCAAAAAAAUGACUGGGGGCCCAACAAACCCCCCCUCCCUCCACUUGGCAGCCCUGAUGCCAGAUGAUUUUAUUUGUCAAGGCCUCAAGGGAAAAGUGUUAGGUGCUAAUGGACUAUAAUUAGUUUACCUUUUAUUUCUUCUACCUUUACAGUAUUGCAACAUCAAGAACAACUGAUGAGAGACACAGAUGCAAGAAAAAAUAAGGCUGCUCCUCACUGCAGGUCAUGCGGACAUCCCAUGAAGGGGCACAAAAAUGUUGUAGACUGUCCGAAAAAUAAAUAA